AUGAAGGUCAUUCUCGUUACGCAGCCGUUCGUCAUGAAAAACAAGCGCGUCUUACUUCCUACCAAUGUCCGUGGAUACCAUUGGUGCGGCGCUGUUUUUGACUUUGAGUCGAGCAUCACCAUGAUCUUUGACCCUCUCCAGCAGCCAAAGCAGAUUGAAGAAUGCAAGAAUACGAUUAAGGUGCUGUUUCCAGAGAAAAUAGAAAAGAUUAUUGUGAAACACGAGGAGUGUCUGAAGCAGACAUAG